ACUCUCCUGCCUCUCCUCUGUGAAAACUUGAGUGGCAAACUCGAAGAAGGCAUGCGGUUUUGUUUCCUGUGGGAGGUACUUGCGUUCUCUGCCCUGGAGAUUAGGGUCUGCUGCCAAGGUGAUAAAAGUUUAAAAAUGGGGCGUCACUCAUCAGACACAGAAGAAGAGAACAGAAGCCGAAGAAAGAAGAAACACCGCAGGCGUUCAUCUUCAAGUAGCUCCUCAGACAGCAGAACCUACACUCGUAAAAAGUCCGGAAGGAAAUCAAGAUCACGGUCUCGAGAUCUCCAGUCUCGUUCACAUUCUUAUGAGAAAAGACGCAGACACAGAUCAAGCAGUAGUUCUUCAUAUGGUUCUAGAAGAAAACGCAGUCGUAGCCGAUCAAGGGGCAGAGGAAAAUCCUACAGGUCUCAAAGAUCAAGAUCAAAGAGUAGAACAAGAAGAUCGCGAUCAAGACCUCGUCAACGUUCUUAUAGUCGAAGCAGUGAAAGAUCCGGUCAUAGGAGAACACAUAGCGGGUCUCGUGAAAGAGAACGGCGUAAAGGCAGAGAGAAAGAGAAAGGCAAAGGCAAAGAGAAGGAGAUAUGUGGCACGAAGCAUGGGGACUCUGGAAACAUCAAAGCUGGAUUAGAACAUCUGACUCCCGCGGAGCAGGCCAAGGCCAGGCUGCAGCUGGUGCUCGAGGCAGCAGCUAAAGCAGAUGAAGCAUUAAAGGCGAAAGAGCGAAGUGAAGAAGAAGCAAAGAAAAGAAAGGAAGAAGACCAAGCCACCCUAGUAGAGCAAGUCAAACGAGUAAAAGAAAUUGAAGCUAUUGAAAGUGACUGCUUUGUUCCACAGACAUUCAGAUCAAGUAAAGAAGUCAAAAAGUCAACAGAACCUACUGAACUAAAAUACGAACCUGUAACUGUAGCAGUGGGACCUGUUGAUGCACCUGCUACUGAAAAAGAAACAACAACUGCCAACAUUCCUACUGCCAUCAAAUAUCAAGAUGAUAAUUCUUUAGCACAUCCAAACCUAUUUAUUGAGAAGGCAGAAGCAGAAGAAAAGUGGUUUCAGAGGUUGAUUGCACUUCGGCAAGAAAGGCUCAUGGGCAGUCCAGUGGCCUGAGUGAACUGCUCUGAACAUCACAGAAGUUCUCUGUGAUACUAAGAAAUCCUACCAUUACAUUUAUUUUUCUCUUUUCAGGGGAUUUUAUUUCUCAGUGAGCUGUACAGAGAAUAAGUAUUUCAUCUGAAUAAACAAAAAUGUUCUAGCCUCAAUUUUUUUUCCUAAUUCAUUGCUCGGUUACUUGUAUUGCUAAGCUACCUGCUAUGGAAGGGAAGGCCAUCACGGCAGUGUAAUUUGCUUUUUUUGUACUGACUUUCUCUUGCGUGCAAAAGAUUUGACAGCCCAAUCAAAAAAUAUAUAUCCAUGUAGAAAGGUAAGUGAAAAAGUAAGACUGCCAAGGAAAGUUCAGAUUUACCCGUGCCAGAACAGGAGUGCAGACAGUACCACCCCGGGCCAUUAGAUCUUUUGCAGCUGAGAAAGGUUCAGGGCAAAUUAUAUUGCUGUUCUCUUUUCUUCCCUCCUCCUGCUAUGGGAGCAGCUUUUGAAUCCUGCACAUCCAUAGGCGGCCUCCUUGCUGAGGGGAUAUUCUAAACUGCUGCAUUCAUCUGCCUGUGCCAGCCUUAUCCUGGCUCCUCAGUUUGGCCUGAGUAGAAAGAAACCUUUAUUUUAAAUUUGCUCAAACAUUACAUUGUACUGUUAGGAUCCCAGAGAUUCAGCAGAUGUAAUGAAAAAUCUUAUUAAACAAAUUUGUAUAUAAGUUUUCAGCAGAUUUCAAUAUUUCCUAGGUAUUUUUAAGAACAUUAAAAUGAAGAAUAUUCUGGAAAACCCAGCUUUCUAGGAACUCUUAAUGGGAAAUAAUACAAACAUUAUUGUGCGUAUUGGUACAGAGCUUUAUUGAACAAGACUAGUGGCAUACCUAUUUCUGGACAGAGUGACUGUUUUUAGUAUAUGAAGUUUCCACUUGUCAAAAUCUGACUUUAAAAGAAUGAGAUUAGUCAUAUUUGGGCUACCAUCCAGUUUCUCUUGUGCAUACCAAUUAGCAUAUUAAAAAAAAAUCUGCCCACUAUCUAACUAAAUACCAGAUACCAAGCCAAAAAAAAUAAAAACCCAAAGUAUUUCUUCUGAGGUGUCUGGCAAAUCUGUGGGAAAACUGUAACAUCAGUGAAGAUUAAAAUAAGUCUCACAAUUCUGGACAUAUCUCUUCGGACAUGAUAUGCAUCAGCUUUCUGUUUGAAUGAAGAAAUUAGUGAUUUUUUUUUUUAAUGUUACUUUUCCUUGUUCUCAGAUUUGCAGUGAAAAAAACAGAGGGCAGAAGAUUCUGGAAAUACACUUUAAAUGGUCAUCUUAUUGCUUAGAUUAAUGAUGCGAAAUGAAAAUGUAUUAAAAAUAUGCUGGAAUGUAAGUUUAAUUUUUCUUUACAAACAGUGUUAAUUUUACUUGGUCCUGCCUUAAAGUAAGUGUUUAUGUUUCAAGACUAUCUUGUCUGCAACUAAAAGGAAAAAAAAUUUUUGUUUUAUUUUAGCAUUUUCACAUGGUAACCAUUUAAUAUUGUCUUGUUUUCUAAUCUCCUUCUAUAUAUCUUUCAUAGCAAAUAAAAACUGUUUGAUCCCCAUAUGAGGUGCAGGGUUAAAUUCCUCUUUUUCAAAUGCUAUAUCAGAUAAUUUUAAUGUUUUUAUUUUGUGCAAAACAAUUUAUGUAAUUUGCAAUCCUAUAAAAUAUUUUACAAUUCUAGAAACUAGUCUCUUAUAAAGAAGUGAGACUUAGCGGUGACAAGCUGUACCUACUAUUGCUUAUCUAGCCAUAAAAAAUGUGUCCAGCAAGUCCACGCUGGAGGAGAAUUGCGAGCAAGAUCUGAACAGAAAAUGGAAAUAGCAUUUAGAUCAUCUGAAAAAAGGGGAAAAGUUGAAUACAAAGUCCUGUAGUGAAAUACUCCAAACGUAAUGUGAGACACAGGGCAAAUCAUUGUCAUAUUGAUUUUAUAGUUCCAUUUGUAGAUUAGCAGUCAGAAUAACCAACAAAAGAAUUAUUCAGAAUUCUGUAGUUUUAGUGAAAUACAUAACUUGUUUACUUCCCCAGUGUCUAUGUGGAAAUAAUUCAUUUAAGAAGCCAGUUUUUCUGUUUUAGGGUUUUUUAUGCUGUCACCCUAUCCCAACUCCUUGAACGUUCAUUACACGUACUUGGAAGUUUAUGGUACUCUUUGGCAGGGGGAAAAGAAUUGUCAGGAUUGGGUACAUUGUUUUCUACUAGAUACCAUCUGUUACAAGUUAGAAAAUAUACCAUCCUUCUUGUUAUAUAAUACAAACGUGCAAAUUCAUACAGUACGGAUUUUUACAAUACGGAUUUUAACCAGGUCAGUAGUGUCUGAGCCUGUGUAACUGAGGUAGAGCUUAUGCAGAGCAGACAGCAGAGGCUGACAAUCUUAGCCAAGGCCAAAUGUUGUAUGUUGCAAGAGAUUGAAUCUAGUUGUGCUGGAUCCCUUGCUGUGUAUGACUAAGCUGAAUAUUCAAACCACCAAUCCUUGUAAUGUUAAUGGUCUUUUGCAAGAUUCAUUUGCAUUGAAGCUCAGCGCUUUCUGAUGUUGAGCCCUGUCUUAAGGGUGCUGAAUCAGUGUUCCCUUGUACUUGCCAUUCUGAGAACCUUCUAUCGCUGUGGUUCUCCAGCAUAAACUUUUAGCAAAAAUAGAAGCUCUUCCACUGAGUUUGCUCCUGUAUAGUCGAACAAAGGCUGUAUAAGGCCAGUCCGUAUAGGGUCAUCACUGUUUUAAUUUUUAGACUAGAGCGCUCUUGACUGAAGUUGUGUAAAUUCUCUCUUUCCUUAUCUUGCCUUUACUUGAGCAGUGUCUUAUGAGUGAUUAAAAUAAAUUAUUCAUUUUCUUGUUAAGAGUAAGCAGAUAAAUUUGACUUCUGGAAAUGAAAUAGGCAAGUAUGCAGCAACACCAGAAAUAAACUUCAUUCUAUAGCGAGCUAUGCAAGAGCAAGGAGAAUCUUGAAAAACUUGCUGUUUAAAAUUAUUUUACAAGACUUUGGCACUUUUUAAAUGGGUUAAUAGAACGCAUACCUAUCCAAAUAUAUGUGCUAGGUAACAAAUGUGCUACCUCACUAGAGCCAGAUACCAAUGCCAUUCACUAUGUCUUAGCAUGCACAUGAAACUCGUAUCAGUGAUUACAUAUUAAUCACUAUUAACCUGGAAAAAUGUAUUGCUGACUCUUAACCGCAUGCUUUUCCUGACUCCAAAAAAGAGUCAUAUCUUUCUAUAAUAAUCGUACUUUCUUUGGAGCUUUACUUCUAAGGUCUUCUGCUGUAAACCAUUAGUAUUUAAGACUCUUGCCUACAAAGGGUUUGUUUAUUUUUGUCAUAUGUUUCACUUUUUUCAGUGCUUCUAGUGAAAGUUAAUGGAUUCCUGAUUAGGAAAAGGAAAGAAAGAGUUGUUUGUUACCCAACUAAAACAUAGGACUGUUAAGCGUGGUGUGCAGUUCUAAGGCUGUUAGAGCUGCAAUAGUGUUUUGUCAUUCAGGACUUCUGACGGUGUGUCUGUGACAUGAUAAGCAGUAACACAAAGUUCCUCAUAAUACCAAACUACCUUAAAUCUGACCUAGACGAACUGUGUGUAGGAGUGAAAGGAUAAUGCUGUAACUUGAUCUGUUCAGACUUGUGGUAGUCAGCAAAGACCUCUACCCCUAGAAAUUGCAUUAGCAAACUCAUUUCACUUAGCCUACUGAACAGCCAUCAUCAAUUAAAAUCAAGCUAGGCUGAUCUUGAUUUGAUAACUUUUAGGUACUAUGUCUGCUAUCCCUUUCUGAUAUCUUAAGUCAUCUGGCAUCUGCAUAAUUAUCUUUUAUUACGAAACUGCUUGAAAAUUAGCUGUGUUUCAGUUAUGAUUAUUGCUACAAUAAUUUAGAAAGAUUUGUGCCAGUAAAAUAAUGGUAUCUCAGAAAACACUGCCAGUCAGGAAUAGAUCAAAUUUUGCUACUUCUGCUUAAACGUCUCAGAUAUGAACUGGGACUGAAUGAUCUUGAAGGCCAUUUUUCCAUCAGUAACCCAAAACCAACCUUCUCAUUGAUUACAAUUUUCCAUUUGUCAAGUUACAAGAGGCAAGGUAUUUUUAGUGGAGAUCCCUGAACUCUAGAAACCUGUUUCAAAAGAGAUCAGCUUGAACCUAUAACUUAAUCCACCUAUGACACAGCACCGUGCUUCUGUGACUCCUUCAACUUGCAGCAAUAAUAAAAAGUAAUGCUAAAAGUAUUAUUACUCUAGAAGGAAUGGAAACAGCAUUAAUGCCAAAUGGGCAUUACAUCUGUAUCGCCUAAGGUCCAAACUAAGGUCAGCCCAUAUUGUACAUAUACCAAAGAGGUAUGUUUCUUCCUCAGCCUGACACACCCCUACUGCAGGAUAUUCUCCUGCUGGAAGGAAGGGGGAAAAAAUCUUACAGUAAGUACAGCAGGAAGCAGCAUUCUCCACAGUGGAGUUCUGUUUAUUUAAAAUAUUCAUCAAUUUUAUCUUAGUGCAUCAUUUCCUAAUUUCUUUUUCCUGACUCUGUUCCCUCCCCUUCUUGUCUCCCUUCUUUGCUGAGGUCUGGAGAAAAAAAGAGUGGCAGUGGCCAGCCCAGAUUAUAUGACAGUGGGCAAGACUCGGAGACUGAGUCACUCUGGAAUUGCCACUCCAGGAUGAGGAGAUGUGACAUGAUACUUUUACUCUUUCUGUAAGGAAACAGGAAUUGAAGCCCAGCCCAGAAAGGGAGGAGGGGGUUAGCUGCUAAAACUAGCAUAAGGCUGUGCUUCACUUCUAAUUAUGCUCCAUUCCAUCACUUAGGCAUGCCUCGCUAUUUGAAAAUUGUUACUCUAGUGCAAUUUAAACCCACGUGAUAAUUAAAAUUGCUACUUGACUAUAGUUUUUGCUUCUUUAGAAAAACAGUAUGGAAGAGGGUUUCACGACUGAGGGGAUUAGCAAUGAGAUGAUUUUCAGCCCUUCAGCACCAAUUUUGAACGUACCAUUUGGAACAGUCUGUAGUUUCCAAAGUUGUCAUCUUGUCGCUGCCAAGUUGCCAAUGUAAAAAUCUCAUUCCCACUAGAUGUCUCUCUAAUCCCAAAACAGUUGUAAUAGUAAACCUGAGGGGCAACCUAAAAACAGAAGGCCACAGAAGUGAGAUGCAUGAAAACAGAAUUUGCCUUUCUACUUCUUAAUCAGAGCUGAAGUUAGGGUAGCAUGACAAAGCAGUUUGUCUAAUAGUUUUCUGUAAGAGCUGUUGCCUUAGAAUCUAAAUUGUUACAGAUUUUAAAAAAUCAUCACAAGGGUAAAAGCCAAGCAUUUAUCGUAUACUUGGUGCAAUCCCUGGAGGACAUUAAAAAAAAAAAAA